GAUAAUAGUGUUGUGUUUAAAUUAUAUAAGAAGUCAAUUCGCUCUAAUUUUUAAAUUAACAGAGAUAAAUGUGUUCUGCUGAGCGUAAAAGUUGGUAUGUUUCACACUUGUAAGACAAAGACAACAAAUGUCACUGUAACCCCUUAAAGGAUUUAAGGUAUCGUACGGUUUAUCUAAUGUACAGCAGAGGAGUUACCUACUUGACACCAGCUGUUUUAUAUUUUAAAUAAUUAAGAUUAAAGUAAACAAACUAAUAUAGUCUAAAUAUUUUUUAGGAGUUUUGUUGCAGAAAUGUCAAUAUAUGUAGCUAAACUUGGAAGAAAUGUAACUGCUCAUGAAAGUGGUUCAAACAAACAAUCAGCAUCCAAAAGUUGUGCACUUUCCUUGAUUCGUCAACUAUACCAUUUAGGUGUUAUUGAACCAUUCUCAGGAUCUUUGAAAAAAACUAUUUUAAACAUAGUAGAACCAUAUGAAUUAAGUAUUUAA